AUGGGUCGCCUUUUUACAUCAGCGUAUAAUGCAGUUAUUGGUGCCUGUGAUAAAAUUGUACCCACCUCCUUGCAGCCAUUAUGGAUGAGUCCUGUUGGACCUAAAACUGUUUUCUUUUGGGCACCAGUAUUCAAAUGGGGUCUCGUUAUCGCUGGUAUUGGUGACUUAAAACGGCCAGCUGAACGUUUAUCUCUCAAUCAAGCUUCAACAUUAGCAGUAACUGGUCUUAUUUGGUCCCGAUAUUCGGUGGUUAUAGUACCAAAAAAUUAUAUUUUAUUAACUGUAAAUUUGUUUGUGGCCCUGACACAGGGUAUACAAGUUGCAAGAGCUGUUAAGUAUCAAAUGGAACAGAAUAAAAUUAAUUAA